AUGUAUGACAGGUUGGAUCCUAGUCAUACUUCCGGGAGUAAAUUUCCAGAAGGCACAACUACAAUACAAUACAAAGCCACUGACGGGUUUGAACUCACCUCAUUCUGCAGCAUUAUCAUUGAAGUGACUGGAAUAUCCUGUGAGGCGCUGUCGGAGCCCACUUCAAUUGUCAUUUCACCGGAGAUAUGUUUGUCUGAUCCACGUUUUGGUGAUAUCUGUACCCUGGAAUGUGAGCAGACCGGAUUCAAAAUAACCCCUCCGAAUUUGAGGGAACUUACUUGCAACAGUGAUCAGACGUGGUCUGGAAACACGGAGGAGGUUCAGUGUGUGGAUCUGCAGGCACCAGAAUUCGAAGACUGUCCACAAGAUAUGGUAGUCUUUGUAAACAGAGGAGAAGAUACAGCUUAUGUUGGAUGGUCUUUAGUUGUAAGAGACAAUGACCCGCAGUCACUAGAACUAGUAGGGGUGUGUAACCAACAGCCGGGGAUGAAGACCAUAGGGGAAUAUAUUAUAUCUUGCAGUGCUGUGGAUGAAGAAGGCAACGAGGGCCUUUGUCAGUUUACUUUGGAAGUUAAAGGUACAUUUUAG